AUGGAUUGUAGUGCAGAGGUUUUAUCUGCCUUUGAAUGUCCGGUCUGCCUCGAAUACAUGCUUCCACCCUAUUUGCAAUGCCAAAGCGGACAUCUUGUUUGUGGGAACUGUCGACCGAAGCUACAACUUGAGAAGAUUGCAAACACGGUGAAGUUUCCCUGCAAGUUCAGCAAUUCUGGAUGUGGAUCGAUAUUUCAUCAUUACGAUAAAGUGGACCACGAAGAGACGUGCGAGUUCAGACCCUACAGCUGCCCUUGCCCUGGUGCGUCGUGCAGAUGGCAAGGAGCUCUUCAAGAAGUGAUGCCACAUUUAAUGAAAAUCCGCGAGGAUAUUGUCUUUUUGGCUACUGACAUCAAUUUACCGGAUGGAGUUGAUUGGGUCAUGAUGCAGAGCUGUUUUGGAUAUCACUUUAUGCUAGUACUCGGGAAGCGGAAGCGGGAAACUUUAUGUACAGACUUGAAUUGUCAACUCAGCGUCGUCGCCUUUUAUGGGAAACCCAGA